CAAAUCUUUUUUGGGUUUACAUUGCAUAGAGAGACGACCCACAAGUCACAAAACAAUCUAAUGAGCCCUGCAUGAUGAGAAGGAGAAAUUAAACCCAAAAAUUAACCAAAAAAAACAAAUGUAACUCCACCAUCGCCACCAUAUUACCAGCUUUGAAGUUUGAGCUCAAGCCUCAAAACCCAAGUGAGCCAAAAAAAAAAAAAAAAAAAAAAGAAAAAGAAAGAAGAAACACACAACAAUUAUCAGAAAGAGAAAGAGAAAGGGAAAGAGGGUUUUAGUGGAUAAUAUGAGUAAUUGGUUGGGGUUCUCGCUAAGUCCACACCUGAGGAUCCACGAAGACCAUCAAGACCAUGGACAUGGAGUUUUUCCUCCUCAUAUGUCUCUUAUGCCCUUGCGCUCCGAUGGCUCUCUCUGUGUUCCUCCUGAUCCUUUCAGGCGCUCUCAUGAUUGGAGAUUUGAUAGUGGUAUGGGACCAACAAAUGUUACAAAUCCAAACGAAGAGGGACCAAAACUGGAAGAUUUCUUAGGAUGUUGUUACUCAAGCUCACCUCCCGAUGAAACAAAAGUCUAUUGCCAUGAACAAGAAGAAGAAGAAGAAGAAGAAGCUGACCAGCACCAGCAAAACCAAGAUACAAAAUUCUCUAAAAUCAAUGUCAAUCUAGCUCCAAACUUCAACACAAACGGUGAUAUAGAGACUAGAUCAGACAAUCCCACAGGCACAUCUCCACCAUUAUUAAUCCAACCUUACAACAACAACCAUUAUACUGAUCAAAACCACCCCCCACAACAAACCCUUAUCCCAAACAAUGGAAUGUACAAGUCUUGGUUAACCUGCCAAACACUGCCUUACAAUAGCAAUGAUCAAAAUCCGUCGUCCGAGACAAACAAUGGGUGUAACUUUCAGUCCCUGUCGCUCACUAUGAGCCCGAGCUCUCAGAACGGUGCCGGCGCCGGUGCAAUUCCGGCGAUGCAAGUGGUGGAUAACCGGAAACGGCCCAAUGGGAAGUCCUUAGCUAAAGAACCUGUUCCUCGCAAAUCGAUUGAUACUUUUGGGCAGAGAACUUCUCAGUAUCGCGGUGUUACGAGGCAUAGAUGGACUGGGAGAUAUGAGGCCCAUUUGUGGGAUAACAGCUGCAGAAAAGAAGGACAAACAAGGAAAGGAAGACAAGUUUAUCUUGGUGGUUAUGAUAAGGAAGAAAAAGCAGCGAGGGCUUAUGAUUUAGCAGCACUCAAGUAUUGGGGUCCAACAACUCACAUAAAUUUCCCUAUAAGCACUUACGAAAAAGAGCUAGAAGAGAUGAAGAACAUGACAAGACAAGAAUUUGUAGCUAACUUGAGAAGGAAAAGCAGUGGGUUUUCAAGAGGAGCUUCUGUGUACAGAGGAGUGACAAGACACCAUCAGCAUGGAAGGUGGCAGGCAAGAAUUGGAAGAGUUGCUGGAAACAAGGACUUGUACCUCGGAACUUUUAGUACACAAGAGGAAGCAGCCGAGGCCUAUGACAUUGCAGCGAUUAAGUUUAGGGGCACAAGUGCUGUUACAAACUUUGAUAUAAGUCGGUACGAUGUGAAAAGGAUUUGCUCAAGCUCCACGCUUAUUGCAAGUGACCUUGCAAAACGUUCGCCCAAAGACCUUGCAGCUCCAGCACCAACACUUGACCAUUUAAAUUCAUGUCCAUCAUCCACAUCUCCACAGCCUAUUCUGGCCAUAUCGAGCGGCGAACCAUCCGACGAACUGGCUGACAUGGUGUGGAAUGCCAAUGCCGAUGAUCACACACAGCAGGAGAAUUCAAACAACGACAAUGGCGUGGCACUAAUGGCGACUUCAAGCAGCAGGACUAGUCCCUCUAACCCACAGACCCCAAAAUGCUCGUUUGGAGGAAACAAUGAGUUAGGUGAUGGCGGGGGUGGUGACUACACUCAUGCUUACUUCUCAUUGCAGGGUGCCAAAUAUGAAGAUGGCAAUGGUGGAAAUGAACACAGUAGGCUUGGAAAUCUUGGUUUAGUUCAACAAGUUCCAAUGUUUGCACUGUGGACUGAGUGACGAAAGGACAAAGAAUUUGCCUUAAUUUUAAGAUUUGCGAAACACAAAAAGUAGUGUAGGAUUGGAAGCAUGCAUUUAGUUCCAAGGUCGCUAGGAAGGUGGGUAGGCUUAGAGUAGAUGUUACAAAUGCUACACGGACGAAUUGUGGAUUUGAAUUAGUACUGUUUCCAACAGUUUAAUGUUCUUUUUGGUGUUAGCAAGUCUUAUUUAGUUUCAGCAUUUAAUGAAAGAAAAUUAGUUUGGAUAUUUGGUGCUUACGGUGUUUCUGGAUCUGCCAUAUGCAUGUUACCUUGUAUGCAACAGGGGAAAAAAAAAAAAAAUUGAUUGUGGAUCA